AAAAAAACAUUAGCAAUGCGACGCCUAAAUUAAUAUUAUAGCAGUUUAAUAGAAGACAACUAUCAUAUAAACAAAAUUUUCUCAAUGAUUCAUCAAUUCAGAGUAGGUUCAGUGUUGUAGACAUAAUAUGAAGUUAUGAAUUGAAAUAGCAAAGCUCGAGCUCCUAGUAACAAGGUGUAACGGGUUCGGAUCUCCACAAUCCAUUUCUUUUUUUGUCUAAUCUAUCUUUUUUUCCUUCUUCGUUCUUUCGUCCUUCCUCCACCAACCACUGGUCCACCACCUGCCGCUGCGGUGCUACAGUCCGCCGCCCUCUCCCCGGCCCACGCCGCCCCGGGCUGCCUGCGUACCCUCCACACAGCCAACACCCUCCGCCAAUCCAGUCGCCCGCCUCUGCCGACAAAUAUGCUCUCAGGUGUAAAUAUGGGACUCCAGCUUCAGCCUAAAAUGCUCGGUGUGCAUAAGUGUCCAGGGGAUGUAGGCAAUUUGUGGACAGAAGUUUGGAAGUUGCUUGAUUUUAGCAUUGAACGUAAAAUUGAUCUGUCUGUCGUGCCACCAAUCUACAGGCAUAAAGUGGGAUGAAGUGCUUUUAUCUGGGAGGCAAAACUUUCAAAGGAUGAAGAUAACAUGUGCAUCAAAUAAGGCAACAGAAUUUUCUAUCGUUCACAACGAACAUGAAGAAAAUAAACCUUUAGUUAAAAUGUGCGGGAUCACAUCAGCUAGAGAUGCUGCUAUGGCAGCAGAAGCCGGUGCAAAUUUUAUUGGAAUGAUUCUUUGGCCCAAUUCAAAAAGGUCUAUUUCUCUUUCUGUUGCAAAAGAGAUUUCAAAAGUUGCAAAGGAACAUGGAGCUGAGCCUGUUGGGGUAUUUGUUGAUGAUGAUGCAGAAACAAUACUAAGAGCUUCUGAUGAAGCAGACCUUGGAUAUGUGCAGCUUCAUGGAAAUGGUUCUCGGGAUGCUUUUAAGAUCAUAGUGAAAGAAAACCAAGUAAUAUAUGUUCUACAUGCAAAUGAAGACGGGGAUCUUUUGAAUUCCAUUUCUGAUGAAGAAUGCUCUGAAGUUGAUUGGAUCCUUGUUGAUAGUGCUAAAGGUGGCAGUGGUAAGGAGUUUAACUGGUCACGCUUCAAUCUGCCACCCAUUAGGAGCAAAAGGGGAUGGCUGUUAGCAGGAGGAAUUAAGCCUGAGAAUGCAUAUGAAGCUCUUUCCACUCUUAGGCCAAAUGGGAUUGACGUCAGUAGCGGCAUUUGUGCUCCAGACGGCAUACAGAAAGAUAAAUCGCGCAUAUUGUCCUUCAUGAAGGCAGUCAAUUCUGUGCACUACUAAAGGAUGAUGCUGAGUGAAUCUUCUGAAACUGUCAACGGGUAAUGUGGUAAGAUCGCUAACACCAAUUCUGUCUUAUUCAAGUGUUGAGAAAUUCUGAUGCAUCGCUUUAACUUCUCCUUUUCUCCUCCUUAUGAGCAUAACAUGGCAACCGACGUUAAUCUUCUGUGUUGAAAUCAACAUCGUCUUAUACUACAUUCUCAUAUUUGAAACCAUCUUUUCUUGUAUUUCUGGGAAUGGAGGGGCAUCAACCCUGCUCCCUGAAUCAAUGUUAUUUUGCAAAACAUUCUUUUCUUAUUUUUAUCAGUGCACAUCUGAUGGUUAGUGGAUGUGGUUCCCAUAAAUAACUACCUUUGAUCCGCAAAAUGAAUAUUGCAUACUGAUUCGUUUGUUUAAAUUUUCCCAUCGAUAACAUUCUAUUCACACACAUUUACAUUAAUAUUUUUUUUAACUAAACGAUCAAUUUUUUUUAUUUUUAUUUUUUCUCUUUCAUAUAAUUACAUAAGUAUAAUAAAAAUGUGUGCUCUAGUAGCUAAUAUAUGUUAUCUCGGUAGGCAUACUUACUAUUAAUUAAGUGUGAGGCCCCUAAUGUAGCCGAUCGUAUGCGAGGCUAUCGAUUUUUCAUUGUCAAUCUGCGCAAAGUGCGCAUAUGCUUAUGACUUCGAGUCUCAUCCAUGGCCAAAUAAAUUUUUUAAUUUGAAAUUUUGAUCCUGCUCCCCAACAAAGAUUCUUGAUAUGUUAUAACUAGUGUAUUUUUUUUUUUUGAGUUAUUUAUUAAAAUAUUAUUAAAAAAAUUGCAACUAUACCCCAAAAUGGGGUAUAGUUGCAAAACUAUGGCACCAACGACUCCCCAUUAUGUUUCGGCCGGUGUCAUGAGUGCUACUAACGACU